CAAAAUCAAUGCCAAUCCUCCCGUCUAUCUCUACGACACGCCCGGAGUUCUUGAGCCCAAAGUAGACAAAGGACUCGAGGCAACCAUGAGAUGCGCUCUUUGCGGAACCCUUUCGCACCAAUUGAUCAGUUAUGAGAUAACCGCCGAUUAUUUGCUCUAUUGGUUAAAUCGGCGCAACAAUUAUGUUUACGUCGACUUCUUAGGACUCGACGGC